AUGGGCGAGGUGUUCAUCAACCCGCUGUUCGACUCAUCAGAUUCCGACUCGGAACAGUCGUCCUCAUCGCGAUAUCGCUCACUUUCCCAGCCGAGCCUUCCGCGAUCUUCAAGACAAUCCUCAGCAAGUGGUAGGGCUAUUCCAGUUGUUUUCUUGCUUGUUUAUUUUAUCUCCAGACAUAUUUGAGCCUUCAAAGAAACUCAAUUUUUGGGGAGUGUGAUAGAAUAGAGGACCUAAAGACGCGAAAGAUGAUUUUUUCUAAAUGAAACUUAAACAUUGUUAACAGUGACGCUAUUUUGAGGAAAUUCUCCCUUCAAAGCUAGUUUUUUUGUUUCGAGUUAUUGCUGAUUGUUCUGAAACCUUUUUCUCAAGAAUUCACUGACUUUUUAAAUCUAGAAAAUCCAGAGUUGACUCUUCUAUGCAAAAAAUACGCAUUUCGACUUGAAAAGCUUAUUCAAGGCUUUUGAAUAAUACCUUUCUCGAAUUUCUCUCCUUAAGCUAUAAACUAUACGAUUGCCGAGAAAAUCCAGUCCCAAGCCUUUUUUAAAGCCUUGAAUGGAGAGCAAUUUGGCCGUAUAUAUGGGCUCCUUAGUUUUUCUUUUUCUGUGAGAUUUGUUGGCAUAAAUUUCCGCCGGACCUCCGGACGUAUUUCCUCUUUUUUCCAUGUUUUUCUUUCGGAUUUACGAGCUUUUUGGGAUAAGCUCGGGUAUUUCAUACUUUCGGGGUGAAGUCAAGGAUCGAAGAGAGAUAUGACUAAAAUUAUGAUCCGAGGUGUAUUCCAGCGUUUUUUUUUUUCAUCUUGUGCUCGAAAAACACAUUUCGCAGCGUGUUGGCAAUGAAUAAAACAUACAAACGAGCAUAUGGGCACGAUUCACAUCAAACUCUCAUCUAUUUGGUCAGCUUUUGCCUUUGCGGCUGAAGAGAGGCGACUUUUCCAACUCGAAAAAGGUCUAAAAUGUGGAACUAGUAAUUUUUUGAAACACUUGGGUCAUAAGUAGGAAUUUUCUGCUGGAGGAAAAAGAAAAAAUGAUAAAAAUCAAAAAAAGUAGUUUUUUAAAGCUAUUGGCUCAGUAAGAUAAGUUAGCAAAAAAAUCUUAAUUUUUUUGGAAUUUUCUAUAGCAAAAAAGAACCUUGAAGAUUUUAGAUCUUUUUCUUCAAAAAUUCUUAGAAAAAAAUUUUCUCGUCGCUUUUUCCUCAUGUUUACCUGAACUUCCAAUAACCUUUUAAAAAGUAACAGCAGUUGAAAAAUAGGCAAAGGCGCGCCUUUGUAGAUUUUUCCGUGUCAUUUUUAGCUCGAGGAGGUGUGGUUUGGCCCAAAAAACAUGAUGCCAUUUUACCUUGAAUGGGAAAAGACAUGAUAAAAGGGGGUGGGAAGCAUGAGAAAGGCAAAUUCGCCUCUGGCUCUUCACUCAAAUGGGUUGGUUUUUUUAAAUUUCCUUUUUUUCGGCACAUUUUUGAACUUUUUUAAUGAUAAACAAGGGUUCCUGGCAUGGGAGAAAAUAAAUUUAGAUUCAAUAAAAAAAUGUUAAAUUUCAAUGAAAGUUCCAAAUUUUUUUCAGUCUCCUCGACGUAUUCGACACAGGGGCUUCUGCAGCUGAUCGGACCCGACCUGCGGCAAUCACUUCAGGGACUACUUCUUCCUUCAGAAGCUGUCGUCCUCGAAACGAUCGUCGGCAAAGGUUUGGGCGGUUUUUUUGUUAGGAUCUAGGUUUUUGAUUAUUAAAUUUGAAGCGAAAAUGAGGGAAAAUUAUCUUUUAAACUUUAAAAUGUGAGGCAAAAGCUAUAAAUAGGUGUCAAAGAGUUUUCUGGUCAAUUUUAAGACAUAGAAGAUUAAAAAAUUGUAGUCCUGUAUUUUUAACUUAUAUGACUCAAGUUUCACCUUCUAUCUUGAAACCGCUACGCAACCGCAACGCGCUUAGGGAUUCCAGAGUGGUCCCUAUAGAGGUUAGGGAAGAAAAAACCCCUAUAGGGGGCCGAAAAAGAGGCCUCUAGAGUGGUAAAAUUUAGGUUGUCCCUAUAGGGACCACUCUGGAGUUCCUAAGCAUUACGAAGGAUUGAUAGACUUUAAAAAACUUUAAUAGAAAUAUCUUAGAUACUCAGAAAUCUUUGUGGAAUUAUUUUUUUUUUCCCAAUAUAGCGAUGAAAAAAUGACAGAAAAAUUUUUAGCUAGCCAGCUUUUUUUUUCUGUUUUUCAUGAACGAUAAUAAUUUUCCACUAUACAAUCUUUUUUUCACACGCAACAAAAACAAGAAAUCUCAAAGAUGACUUUAUUUUCCGAUCUGUUCCAAAUAACUACAAUUUCUGAUACUCAAAUUGUUAUUCCGUGUGCAGAGAUUAUUGCUAUUUCGCAUAAACAUGUAUAGUAAAGGUGGGUGGAUGGAGAAAAAAAAAAAGAAUUAUUGUUUUGCACCGGAGGCUGAAGGGAGCUGCUUUAUAAUAAUGGAAUUUUUGAGUUCUUCUCCCUUUUGAUGGCAAAAGUACUAAAUUGAGAGACGUAAAGUUUUCCGAGGGCAAACUACUUGAAAGAUUAGAGAAACUUGAGAAAAAACUCUGUUUACAAGCGAAAGUUUGAACGUUUUUCUUUGCUUUUGUACUUUGUUUUUUGGGGUUUUGAAAAGGUUCUGAAGGCAGGAAUGAAAAUAGUUGUAAUUUUUAAUUUUAAGAUAGGUUAUGUGAGAAAAAUAUAAGAAAAAAACUUUAGUUUGGCAGAUGGAAAGUCUGGAAAAAAAAAAUUAGUUUCGAUUUUCUAUUUUUAAAUGUUCUUAUACAACAUUUUUCAUACAAGAGGGGUCAGACUGGCUUGAAUUAAGACAAGAAUUUGAGUUAUUUUUCACAAAUAUUGAGAAAAAUGUAUAGUUAUUGUAUGGAAAAUGAGUUUCACAGUGGAGAGGAUGAAAAAACCAAAUUUGGCGAAAAAGAUCAAAAUUUCGAACUUUUCCUUUUUUUCAACUUUUUUAACAAUGCAUUUCUCAUAAGAAAUCAGCUGACCUGGCUCUCAAAAUCGACAAAAACCAAUCACUUUUAAGCCAAACAAUCAAACAACACAGAUAAUAUUUACGAAGGCCAUGUUUUUCGGUUGUUUUCCCAACUUUUUCUUCCGUCUGAUUUAUUUUUUCUUACCAGGAGACAGGCUCUGCUGGUAUGUGUCUCUGUGUGUCGUGUUUGCCGGAGGUUCACGUAGGCUCUCGAGAAAUUUCUCGCGGCAUUCGCACUUACAAAAGGCUUUUCCGCUUCGGCAAAUACACACACACACGUUGACAAAUGCGCGACGGCGCGUUGGAUUUCGACGAUUUUGGCGAUAGGAACAAAAAAAAAUGUGUGAAGCAAAGAUAGCCGGAAGGAAUAAUUCUCAAGAAAUUUAGAUUUCGAACAUAAUCGUGACUAUCGAAAGUUAAAUUUAACUUGAAAAAGAUAAACGCCGUUGUCGUAAGGGAAGUGGGCGGAGUUUUAUAACUAGAAACUCUAAACUUUUAAAAAACUCGGGCAAAGUCGGAAAGGUGGAUAAUGGCCGCUAAAAGGGAGAGGCUCAAAAAAGGCCGCAGAAAGGCAGCAAGAAGAGUGGGGCGCGCCGUAGCGCAACAGGUUGUGUGCCUGUUUACGGUCCACAGGGUCACAAGUUCGAUCCCCGCCCCGACCCAACCAAGGGGUUUAAGAAAUGUUGGUAGUGGGAAACCACGACUUCAAAAUCCCCAGCCGUCACACACAAGGACGGAUAUGUCACUCGAGCCAGUCCACUGAUAUCAGGAUAGGACCUCGGCUGAUCGACUUGGGGCGCCGACGCCGCUCAAGCGGUACAAAGGCGUAGGAAGAAGAAAGGCAGCAAGAAGAGUCCCUUUAUCGAGCCUUCCAUUUUUCUGGGACUUAAAAGGCUCGAGAAUCGUGGGGAAAGAGAGAGGCAGCAAAAAUGGUGCAUAAGGGCUGAGAAAAUAAAGCAAAAAGGGAGCCUUCAUCCCCCUAAAAGGAACAUUUCUAUGAGGCUUUCCAGCAGCCUUUAUGACCCUCGGAGGGUCCUUCCGAGUUUGCCUAUGAUUCUUAAAAAAUUACUCACACAAAUAAAUUUUGAAACAGUGUUUGAGAAGCUUUUAAAGUUAUAAAAGUACCAAUUUUAUCAAAAAUUAUCCAGGUUACUUUGGCAACGUGUACCGUGGACGAAUGCGUGACCCAUCUGGACGACUUAUUCCGGUCGCUGUUAAAACGCUUAAAGGUAAUUUUUUCAAAUAUCUUCCAUCGAACUGUUUGAAUGUGCCUUGAAGUGAGAAAACAGAAAAUAGCUGAAGAUUUCCAAAAGAAGAAUAAUAGUCAAGUUUGAAGAGAUCCCAACCCCAUGCUAUAAUCCUCUUUCAGGCGAUCGCGCUCGCGACAUCGCGCACAUCGAGAAGUUCCUGCGAGAAGGCGUCGUGAUGAAGCACCUCGACCAUCCGCACGUGCUCUCUCUGCUGGGCAUCUCGAUCAGCCCCGCCGGCAAUCCCUGGGUCGUGCUUCCUUACAUGGAAGGCGGCGACCUCAAGACCUUUAUCGCCGAUCCCAACCGAGUAAUCGAGAACAUGAAGUUUGGGGGGUUGAAGACCUUUUUUCAGGCGCUAUGUGUCCUGGAACUUCUCGACUUUGCCCAUCAGGUCGCCCAAGGCAUGGCCUAUUUGUCGGCCCAGCACUUUGUCCACCGUGAUCUUGCCGCUCGCAAUUGCAUGUAAGAUCUCAGGAGACAAGCUCAGAGAGUCCAAAAAAGGGGCGGGUCUCUCUUUUUUAGCCAAGAGAGAAACCCUAAAAAACUUUUAAAAGCUUUUUUUCACUUUCUAUUCGAAAUAUUCCAGCUCCUUUUUUUCAGGAUUUCCGCGGACAGGACAGUCAAAGUCGCUGAUUUCGGCCUUGCUGUCGAUCUUCUCGACAAGGAGUCGUACAUCGACGAGUCGGAGACCGGUUAGCUCAACCUUUUCGAGUCUGAACAAUUUUUGGUUUGAAGGUCCGGCACGACUUCCCCUGAAAUGGUUAGCGCCUGAAAGUCUCCGAGACCGUCGGGUUUUCAACGUAGCCACUGAUGUCGUUAGUUUUAUUUAAUAUUUAAUGGGGUCUUCAAAAUUGAACAACCUCCCAAGAAGUAAAUUUCCAGUGGUCGUUCGGCGUUUUAAUGUGGGAGCUUCUGACACGUGCCGCUUCGCCUUACGGCGAUGUCUCCAAUGCUAAAGUUCGUUAUAUUUUUGAAUGAUAUAUCGAUUUUAAACUAGAAAAAUGAAAAACGCGUAUUUAAGGUUCGACAUUACCUCGAAACAGGCAUGCGGCUACCACAACCAACGCAUUGUCCGGAUAUUGUGUGAGUUAUGACUUUUUUGAAGUAGGAAUGAUUGAGAAUAACCCUGAUUUUUAUUCAAAAAUGUUUUUGAAAAAAUCUGUCCACUUGUGAGGUUUAUGCAUGUGGUGCACGUUUUAUAUGCAAUUGAGGCAGAGAUUUUUUUGAAUUUUUUCGAGCUAAAAAAAUCUGUUUUUUUUUCUUAUUUUUAAAAUAAUCUCUUUUAGUUAUGAUCUGAUGCAGUGUUGCUGGAGGACAAUGCCUGAAGAUCGGCCGGAUUUCGUCUUUUUAGCCCAUCGCUUGAGAACUUUGUUGCAGGUAAUGAUUUUGAUCGAAAAAAAAACUCUAGGAUUUAAUGCUUUUUCCGAACUGGGAUCAUUUUGAGAGCGUCAUGAAGCUCCCAAGUUUCUCAGAACUUUUGAAACUUCGAAUUUUUGUAGGAAAACUCGCCAGAUCCGUUCAGCCGCCGAGUUCGUCCAGGCUCUGAACAGUUUCUGCUUCCAGUUCUCCCCGGCCGCCUCUUCACCAACUAUUUCGCCGCUCAACUUCAUCAGUAACGCGGUGCUUAAAAAUAAUGAAUUCAUAAUGAUCAAUCGAUUAUCGAUUGCUAUACAUAGUGUCGACUAUUUACGGGUCUUGACACAUUUUUUUUCUUCGUAUCUUUUUUUGGACCAAUCGAUCUUUGAGUCAUCUGGUUUUAUGUUUUAAUUUUUUUUAAAUAAAUUUUUUUAUAAUUUUAUUUCUUCGAGCUGGUUUAAUUCGUUUUUUUCUCCUAAUAUUCGAACAGUUCUGAGUUCUUUUUUGAAACCAGCUCGAAAUUUUCUAGAACGAAGAAAAAAUUCUAAAAAUGACUAAAAACCUCCUAAUCUUUCAUUUCAGCUCAUGAAUUCUUUUCUGAAGCUCAAAAUUGUCUUUUUCCAUCUUUCAUUAAAAAAAUCGCCCUAUUUUACCUCAAAUCAGGUUUCGACACACCCCUAAAUCUUUCAAAGCUAUUUUUCCAAAUAAAAAACCAGUUGAGCUCAGUUUUGUAAUCUUCUCUUUUCUCUGUGACGCUUGUCUUUCUUCAUUGUUCGUGCAUUUUUUUUUCACUUUCCACUGCCACAUAUCAAAUAAACGUUUUUAAAUUGAGGAGAGAUGUAAAAAAAAGAGGUUUCAGGCGUCGAACUAUUAAAUAUUUGUGAGGUAUUUUUAUAAUUAAUGCCGUGUUCAAAGUGAUUUCCGCUAAAUUCAGAAUUAAAUGUGACACUUCGAAUUUUUUCGCUCUUUGAAGACGCCUGUUUUGAAUUCCGCGAAAUUACUUCAAGCAGGGCAUAUUAUCGGUAUUUUCUGAGGUUCAGCUCUCAGAUUUCAAUUAAAAAAAAAGGAAUUUGGUUUUUUACUGUAUCUUUUAAGCGGAACGCGAGCAUGGAAAUUGUUUAUUAAAUUAAUUUAUUCCCACUAACAGGAUAAGCAGUGAUUUAUCUUGUUUUCCAGAUGCUUCACUGGAUGUUUUCCUUUAAAAUGUGAAAUUUUUUCCUGCCUUCUAGAAGCUCCAACGGAUUAGCUUGGCCGAUUUUUGUAAAGGUUGUUAAUUGAUUUUCGUGCAGAAAUUUUACCGAAAUGCGUGCUCAAUUAUAACUUUGAAAGAGACAUGAGAAUAUAGAUACCUUUCCAUCUCUUUUUUUAUUUCCGAAAAAAGUAUUGCCGACAUCAGCCACAAAAAGAAGGCGCCUCCGUGGGGAUAUUGCGCUCCACAGCAAAUAUUUUCACGGCCAUUGCUGAUAUUAGACGAAAACGAUGUUUAAACUGUUUCUAUCGAGACAUACGUCUAUGCUGCUCAAAACGGAGUUUCUCCGCCGACGCGGUUCCAAUCGCUGAUAUCUAAAAAAAAAUUGAACGGCUCUUAUCGUUAUGGGCAGAGAAAAUAUUUUGCGAGAGGCGCGCCAAUCUUUCAGAUGUUCUCUUUCGUUUACUUCUAUAGACUGUUCAGAUUUGAAUUUCAAGUUUUUGCUUAAGCUCUGGCCGUAAUGGUACGGUAAACAUGUCAAAGAGCGUUUUCGAAUGACGUUUUUGUGCUUAAAAUUCAAAAUCUGAACAAAAUAUAUCAUUUUCUCUUUUAUAUAUUUUUUCGUAUCAUGAUCUAUAUUCUAGGAAAAAAAGUAAACUUUUAUUUUUUUGAGUUGCUCUUGGAUCUUUAUUAAAGAAACUCAGCACCGCCAGUUAGUAUGCGUGCUGAGCGCAAGAGUGACAAUACAAGAAGGCCGCGUGCCAUUAACACGCAUACAUGAUAUUGUACAUGUGGCAAUGAGGUCAGGUCAACUGGCGUCCAGUCACAACUCCGUAAUAGAUCUUCUUUUGGAAAAUACGUUUCUAUGGCAAAGGAAGUGAAAGCUCCUUUUGUUUUUUUGAAUUCUAAAGCGGCUUCGUUACUAUAGUUUUCUAUGUUUUGCUCUUUUCAAAUUCGAAUAUUUCAGGCGUUUAUCAUGUCGGUGCGUAGCGCCCUCGUUUUAGAAGACCCAGUAGAAAGAGAAGGCGAACUUUACGUGGAAGUUUUUGUCUAUGACGAGCUUCAAAUCAUCACAAUCUCCCUUCCCAAAGCUUUUUUCGCGUACGUCGAAAAAUGCCUUCAUAAAUUUCAUUAAAAAAUCUGCAGACUUUCGGCCGGUGCCCUCUUAGAAUUGGAGUUGAUAGCGGGCUACGGAUCUGAGCUGUUUUUUGAAAAAAACAAUGUCAAGCUCAAAGCCGUGCGAUGCACUAACACACUUGUGAGUGACGGAGUUUUAAAGGUUUUCUCUUGGAUUUAGCACGGUUUCUAAUGAUAUUUUAAGAUUUUGAAAGUUCCGGUGGCUUGGAGCAACGACCGUUUGCACCUCUCUUUUGAGGAAGAAUUUGCGUGCUCGUCUGAUUAUGGCUAUGUUUCGUUCAAGAAGGAGGAGCCAGUCUUGAAGGAAAAAAUUUAUUUCGCUACCUUAGUGAGGUCAGUGGCGGAUAUAGUUGCGUUAUUUGUGAACUUUUUUUAAUUUAGAAAUUUUUUUCACGAGCAUGAUUAUUCAAUGAGUAAAAAACGUGAAACGCUGUUAUUAUUUGAUAAUUUCAAUACUUUCAAUCCCACCCGAUUUUCACACAAGUUUUCCACCCAAAGUCUGUUUUAAAGAGACAAAAGUGAGGCUGCCAAGGCGUCAGGCGCCUUUUUUGCCAUCGAAGGUCGUCUAGAGCCGACUGACAACCCUACAGACGACAAAGACCUUCUCAAUUUGAGAAAAAUCUUGGCUUUUGAGGUUUUCCAGCCUCUCGUUUUUAGUUUUGACAUCUAUGUUUAGAACAAACAGCUAGAGAGGAAAAAUCAAAAUUCACGCCCGGAAAGAGGAAAUCAACGGAAGCCUCAGAGAAACGGACCGCGGACGCAAAAUGACCGGCUUGUGCCUUCUGGAGUCGAUAUUUCUUCGUUCGCCACGGUAAGCUUCUGCAAGACCCUUUUUGAAGCAAUUUUUGAAGAUAAGUAUAAUUUUUCGGCUGUCGGUCGCUUUUUCAAAUUGAUCAUUUUUGAACAUUUUGAAGUUUUUGUUAGUUCUCAAUAGUUUGAGUGCUAAAAACGCAUAGAAUUCUUGGUUUUGGUUAGCUUUUGAUUUUCGAAAAAUCAAUAUUCAGAAACGCGGAGUUUUUUUGGGGAUGUUCAGAGAAGAAAAAAUUUUUUUGGGAGUUUUAUGAUCAGAAAUUUUGAAAACUGGUCAAGCUAAGAAGAAAUACGCACUUUAGAAUCGUUUACACCCUAAAAGAGUUCAAAAAAAUUCCAAAAAUUUAAAAAAAUUUGAAAAAAACUAAACGUCAUUAAAAAAAUUGACCGACCGACUUUUUACAGCAUGCCUAAUAAUUCUAAAUACUUAUUAGAAAUUUCGGCUUUUUUUCUUUAUCUUCGAUUAAGCUUUCUAAAAGUUAGAACUCAGCUUUGAAAACGAAGUAUUAUAUCACCAGUACUUUUUGAGAGGCUCACAAAAUUUUCCUUCCAUCUUUUCUCCUUUUUGUAAUCAAAUCGUUUUCAGGAGUGCCAGAAUGUUCUGAUGCUGGAGGUCAAAAGGGAAGGCGGCAUUGUAAGUUUUUAUUCUUUUUCACUCCAAGAAAAUUUGUUAAUAAAUUAGGGCUGGUGUGUGAAAUACGGCCAUGUGAUGCUGGAACAUGGCGACGGAAUGGAGGUGAAACGUGGCGAUUGGAUCGACUGCACCUUGAAAAAGUGACGAAAUUAAAUUUUCAUAUAUAAAAUUGUUUUUAGAAAGAAAAACUGCCACGUUUUGGUUGUGACGAAGUUGAACGAAGCUUUGGAGCAUCACUGCAAGACCUUCCAGAGAAAUGGAGUUCUAUAUGUGAGUUCACAGGGGGACAAAAAGUAGCGAUUGUGGUUUUGCAGGCUGAAACUUAUAUGAAGGGCGAUGAGGAAAAGUUCUACCCGAACCAAGAAUAUGUCCUGCCGGCUCACAAAUUCAACAAAGUCUUGGCUCCGUACCAUUUGUGUCAGAAGCUCGUUGGGGGAAGGUUCGUCUUGAGAAAAUGAACAAUUAGCGUCCAAAAGUUGCGAAAAGACAAGGUUUAGACGUCUUUUUUGACCAAGCAAGCUGUGAAAGUGAAGAAAGCCAGCUUGUUACGUUUUUCAGUCCGCCAAAAUAACCGUAUACAAAGUUAGAUCAACAUUGAAAAUUUUCGCUUCAAGACCUUUUUUUGACCAAGCAAGCAAAAAAAAUGGAAGGCUUAUCACGUUUUUCAGUCCGCCAAAAUAUAGUCUGUUCAGAUUUUGAAUGUCAAGUAGAAUGACGUCAUUCAAAAACACUCUGUGGAUGGCGCGUUCUCUGAUUGGUUUAUCGCGUCAUUAGGGGGCGGAGCUUUAGCGAGGACUUGAAAUUUGAAAUCUGAAUAGACUAUAACCGUAUACAAAAUUAGAUCAACAUUGAGAAUUUUCGCUUCAAGAACUUUGUUUUUUGCUGUCUUUUUUAGCUUUUUUGUAGAGCAAGUUUUUAUUUAAGGUAGCAUUUUCUUUUCGGAUCUUUUGAAACAUGUCCGUCUGGCGCGGAACGCACUGUGUGAUUAUUAUAACUGGAAAAGGAUCAGAAGACUUUCCAGGUUCGUCGUACGUCUCCGGAUGUUGGAACAGCCACGAAGAAUCAAACAAACCGUCGUUUAUUGGGAGCUUUUCCAAGUCUUUUAUCAGUUGAAGGAUGGCGAAACUUAUGUAAGGCAUUGUUUUCGUAGUAAUGAUACAGGAUUAUUUUAGGACGCAGAGUGCACGACGGACUUUGUGUAAGUUUCCUUCUGAUUUGACCUUUUUCACGCAUUUUUGAUCUUUGUACGGAACCUAUCGAUCUUUUUGCAGACCUGGGGAAGAUAUCCGUCAAGCAGAGCGGCAAGAACCCCUGGUCAACCCGGCUCCAAAGCGAGAGUCCCCUGAGGAAGAUUUUGUGAAGCCCGACUUUGAAAAACCUCCGAAUCCCUCCGACAAGCCCCAACAAGACACUAAAAAAUCUCCGCCGCUUCAAAAAAAGCCAGUUUCCGAUGGUUCUGAUCGGAGGGGAAGAGAAUACGACUAUUUGCAUCGGUUUGAUAUUUUACCAAUUUCCUGUGAAAAUUUUUAGUGGCCACUAUAGGGUUUUGACGUUUUAGUGGCCACUUGAGGGGUUAAAAUUUAGUGGCCACUAUAGUAGUCAAAUUAUUGGCCACUUAAGGGGUUAAAAAUUAGUGGCCACUAUAGAGGUCUAAGCGCUACCACUAGAUCACUAAACAUUUUAGUGGCCACUUUAGGGGUCAAUGGAUCAACAUAACUGGUCCAAUCUGUUUGUUUUGAAAUUAUCAGAGUUACUGCAAGCAAUCCUGGAUAUAAAACUACUGAAGUUGCCACUGAAACGGAACAUAGUGGCCACUAUAGAGGUAUGUUUAGUGGCCGCUUUAGUGUCCUUUCCAAGUAGUCCUUAGCCUCUAUAGCGGCCACUAAAAAUUUCCCAGUCAGUCGUCUUUUUGUUGAACAAAAUUUCGUUCUUGUUACUUUGUCAGUGAGUGCCAUACGCAUGCUUUCAACAGAAAAAAGGGCGACCCGUCGCAUGGAAUGACUCAAAAUGUAGCGGUUGCGCCCGACCUUUAGCGACUUUGAUUUUAGUAUACCCAAAGAUAGUUUUUUCGGUCUUUGAAGCAUUAGUUGGGUCAACCGCGACACGUUAAGCCGGUUUUUUGUGUUUCAAAGCUUAUAAAAGCGAUAUUUCAAGAGAUAACUUUGAAGGCUGAUGGAACACCCUUUUUCGCGUUAUUUUUCAGUCAACCUGUUGAUUCGGGAAGAAAAAGCUGCAGUCCGCCGCAGGCUUUUUUUUUCAUUUUUUUUCCUCUAAAUUUUCUGGUUUCUCGUCUGCAUGUGAUAAAUAACGAAAAAGGUUAGUUUUUCUUUAAUUGGAACUUUUCACUUUUUUGUUUCAGAUGACCUCUGAGAGCAUCUUCAGAGCAACUUCUUGAAGAUUCACUUCAAAGCGAUUAAAUUUUUUUCAUAUUUAAAGAAAAGAUUGUAAAUAUGGAUUGAUUCGAAGCGCAUGGAUUCAGUAAAAGGUUCAAAUAAUGAAUGGAAAGCGGCGGCGGACACGCGCGACACUUACAAAAAAAACUUCACGUUCAAAGGGAUAGAAGUCAUUAAAAGUUUACGCCGUGUUCAAAUUUCCGGAAAGUUAUCUCUGACUCUCCAAGAUUUAGUUAUCUUUAUUUUCCUCUGACGGCUCUCUUGCAUUUCCCGGGAUCAUUUCGAACACGGUAUAAGUAUAGCCGAUUCACGGCUAACUUGGGACGCUGAAGAGGCGUGGUGUGUCUGCGCUCUCCACCAACCAGGCACUAUCUCUUUUACUCGCAUGCUGAGCAGGUGUCUCAACGGGUGUACCCGUAUUAAACCCGUGUUUCUGAGGUUAUUUUAGUCUCAGUUGGGCUAAAACGGGGGAACAACGGGUGUAAGAAAAAUAGGUAACCCAGCUGGGCUAAAGCGGGGUCUCAGUUGGGCUAAAAAGUGCCAAAAGUUCUAUCAGCUGGGCUUAUACGGGUUUAAUACGGGGGCACCCGCGGAGACCCCGUGUUAGCACGGCGGGGUUACCCUGCUCAGCAUGCGAGUAUAACCGUGUCAGGACCCUUUUCUCGAUGGCUCAAGUCAGCCGUGAAUCAGCUAUAACCCCGCUAUUCUGGUCCUUCGAAGUGUUCAGGGAGGAUUUUGUAAAUAUAGUCAGGGAAUGGCCAAAUGUUUUUGUAUUUCUAAACACUCUUGAAAGCAGUUUUGUUCCUAUCUUACGGUAAAUUGAGUUUUUUCCAACAUAUUUGAAUUUCAAAUGCCCUUUUUUCAAUAAUUUUGCUUUUGGUUGUUAAGAAAAGUCAUGAUCAAAGUCCGUAAACACAAAAGUUCAGUGGUUGACGAGCAACUCUUUUUUGAAUGAAUAUGUUUUGCGUCUGUUUAAAGUCCUCUCAGUUCAAUAAUUUCUGUCAACAAUUUUUUUGUCUAACCAGAGGACGAACGCAUGAAAGUUUACAAAGCAAGUUCGCUCGUUUGAAAAAAGUUUCAGUGUUUGGAAUUUUUUUUCCGAUUUUGUAUGCAAAAAGUGUGUUGGAAGAAACAAUCUGCUUGAUAAUUUUUUCCGAUAAUGUAAACAUUUUCGAAAAAAUUAAUUGACACCGCUUUUUUUUUUGAUGGUAUUAAUUGUAUCUCUUUUUUCGCGUUUUCGCUCAUUUAUCCGUUUAUCGAUUUUUAUUAGGAAAGGGGUUUCAGAGACGAGAGGCCUCCGAUGCCGUACAGUACUGCCGGCAGCGAGUACACGUCCCAUUCGAGGGCUAUGUCUUCUCAAUCCGGCGCGUUUCGAAUUGAACAGGUUUUUUUCUAGAAGAGAUUGGAUAAUGACCAGAAGGACCUGUAAAUAAGUUGACAAAUAUCAAAAUAGGAAGGGUCAAAAAGGCUCCAUAAAAUGUUCAUUUUAGGGUGGUAAAGGCUCCUUUUUUGCGCCAUUUAAUAGGCCUUUACGCACCAUUUUUGGUCCCUCUCCCCUUUUCCACCAUUUCUCGAGUCUUUAAAGUUCUAAAAAAAAAUGGAGGGACCUUAAAGGGACUAUUUUUGCUGCCUUUCUGCGGCCUUUUUUGAGCCUCUCUUCUUUUAGCGGCCAUUAUUCACCGUUCCGACCUUGCCAGAGAUGAAAAAGCUUAUGUUUCAAUAUUCGUUUUUUUUUUCAAACCCUGUUUUCGUCUUUCUUUAUCCGCCUUUUUUUUCAAAAGCUUUCGAGCGUUUUAAAAAAAAGUGGCUGAGAGAUUGCGUUAGGAAAAAUCUGGUUCUGCCACACUUCUUUUUUUAAAACCAGUACAAAAAACUAAUUCUAAUAUUCAGAGAGCUUUUGUUUCUGAAGAUUUGAAAAAUAUUCGUUCAGGACUGCCAAGUGGACGGCGUCAUUGUUGCUCGAUGUCCUCAGUACGCGACGGUUUUUGCAGCACAACUCGGAUUCGGUACCAUGAGCCUCGACUUGUUCGUUCAUUUCUCUUUUCAUUCCAUUACUGGGAGUUUUUUUUUUCAGUUUCGAAGACAUAAUGCGACCAAUUGCCCCAGGAAAUUAUAUACGUUUCAAAUAUGCUAUGGUAGAGGGGCAGUUCGGUUUCAAGUUUGCCGUCCAAGUGAGCUAAUUUUCAACAAACAAUGCUUCAUUUUUCAUUGGGAACUUUCCUAGAAAAUCAUCAAGAAAUUGGAUCAUCUGCCCGAUAUUGACGGGAUUUUCAUUAAAACCGACGGUCAUGUUUUGGUUGGUUCUUGUUUUCCGCGGAAAAAAGUCUGCAAAAUGAUUUUUUCUGUGCAGGUGGAGAUCAGAAUACGAAUAGAGGCCCUACAGGAUUACGUAUUGGCAGGAAGCUAUAUCUACAUUAAGACAAACUUCGGACCCGUUUUUGUCGAUGACGAGGUUUUUCUUAAAGUCCUUGAAAACAUGUAAUGUUCUUCGAUGACAUUUGAACAGGUUUUUAUUAUUCUUUGACUUGAUUUACGCGCAAAAAUCUAUUUCAAAACAUGCCAAUUGUUCGAUUCAGAACAGUAGCCGGGGGAAUUCCGGUCGAAAGAAAUAAGUUGAAAAACUCAAAGCAACAUAAAAUAAGAAAUACCGGCGUUUCGGUCAUACAUUUUUUAUAUGGAAUUCAAUCUUUCUGAAAAUUUCUGGAGUUGUGAUGACUGUUAUAUUUAACAAUUUUAUGAAGUUUCAGCUCACAGAAAAAAAAACGCAUAUUUUUAAGAAGAUUGAACUUCUUACAAGAAAGUUGUGACGGAAAACUUUUUUUUCUUCUUCUUUUCAAAUGUAGCCUUCUAAAAAGAGGUCUCUUUAGAGAAAAAAAAAAUCUCACCAAACAUUAAAAAUGUUCUCCGAGAAGUUUUUCUCAGUUCACACGGGAAGUCAUUUCACCUCGGGGUUUGGUAUUUUCAAUAAAUUUGCUCAAUCUUUGAUGCACUGGAAAUCGAUCACAUAUAGUCGCUAUCUGUGCAAACAUCUAGUUUUGGAGAUAAGAUUUUUCUAAGUUUUUAUCCGUAACCAUGUGACGCCGUUUGGAAGGUUUCUGGCCCCGCUACCAACCAUUGCAUGGCAACCACAACCGUGGUGCAGUGGCUAGCGUGUUAGCCUGUUGAGUCUAUAAUGGAAGUUCGAAUCCUUUUGCCGAAAAAAAUGAUUUUGAUGAGAAUGUUGAAAUUUUACGAGUAUAAGAGACCAUUCCAAAUAAGUUUGAUUGGCAAUUUUUUUUCCCAUAAUCAAUUUUUUUUCACGGACCAAAAUUUCGGAAAGUUUCUGAAUUUGUCGCAGAGGGAUCUUCAUCUAGACAUUCAGAGUGUUUGUGUAAACUUGUAGAAAAUUCCAAAUCGCAAAGUAAAUAUCUUUCCUCGUGUCAGAUUCGUUUAACUCUAAAAUUUUCAAGCUCUGGAUUUUUUUUUUCAGAUUCGUAGCCCUAGCAAGUCUUGCCCCUUCACUACGGCGGAAGAACUGACUACGAAGUGCAAACUUCAAGUUCACGUAGUUCGGCUGGCUGGCGCCUUUUGCAAAGUGCCCAGCGUUCUUUUUGACGAAGACGCAGAGCCGCAUGAGUUCAACGACUACUAUAUGUUUGCUCUGAAGGAGACUUUGGGUCGUGAGGAGGUUCUAAUUCACUUUAUUUCGGCAUGAGGGUCGGAUGGAGCAACUUAAAAUUUGUAGAAAAUUAUAAUUUUCCCAUCCCUCAUAAAUGAAAGAAAAAACGCAAAAAAAUAAAAAAUAAAUUUCACUCCUUAAGUUAUCACUAAGAGCUCUGAAUGUGUAAAAGCUUCCUCUUACAGUUUUAGAGGAAGCUUGAUUUACUUGAAACUUAAAGUUUUUACUUACAGUACUAAAAAAUUAAACCUUUUUUCGAAGUCCUAGGGUGGUCACUAACAAUCCAAGAAGCCCUAAGUUUCAUCUUGACCCUAGAACAAUCACUUAUCUUCAUUUCUUUUAAAUCUACCUAGUAAGACUCCUUGAGUAAUGGUUUUAAAAGGGCUUCAAGUUACUGAGACUCUUAAAGCGGUCACUAAUAGUCGUAGAGUUCCUAGAAGGAUAAUCGCUUUUCAGUUCUCCGUGUUAAGAACCCUUGAGUGACCACUAAUAUUUUUAAAGAGGACUUGAAGUGUUUUUGAGACCUCUAAAGCCGUCACUACAAAAGUAAAAAAAAAAGUCGAGUAUUCUCUAGUUUUUUCGAUUUUUUAAAGACGGAUAACGCAAACUUUUCCAAAAGACGAGGGCUUUAACGCCCGAAAGAGACGCCAGAGAAGAAGAAAGUUUCUCUGUGUCUGGUGUCUCUUCAGCCCUUUCUGCUCUCUCUCCCCACAGGCAUUUGUGCCCCAUCAUGCUUUUUUGCCACCUUUUUUUUGGUUAAGGCUUUGAUAAUCUUUUAUUUUUGCAGAUUGUUGAUGCGAAAAGAGAAGCAGAACGACAAAAAAAUGUGAGUUUUUUUUUUCGAAUGUUCUAUCGACUUUAGGAUUUCCAAGUUUCAGAUCGUUUGAAAUUUAGAAAAAAAAAACUGUUUAAAAAAAUGGAGAAUUUUAGAGCGCUUUUUUUUUGCGGGUCUUAGUUCUCACAAAAGUUUUUUUUUUAAUUUUUCUUAAUGCCGUUUUCAAAGUGAUUCCGCGAAAACCAAAACAAUCGUCAGAGAAAAGAAAGGAAAACUAAAUUUUGGAGGCCCAGAGAUAAUUUCUCAUUUUGCUGAAAUGACUUUGAACACGGCGUAAGCAAUACACGUGCUAUUUUCAAAAUCCCAAAAACGCAUCGUGAUUUUUUGAAAUAACUUCUCCACUAACCUGCUGUAAGUACAUGUCAGCGUCAAUUUUUUUAUGAGUUUCUUCUCUGGAACUGGUUUGAGAGAAAUUUUGGGUGUUUCUUCUCCUAUAAUUUCUCUCCUUUUUUUUUUCUCGUGAGAAGAUUCAACGAAAUAAAACUUGGACGGAAAAGUUAUCAGUUUCUCCAAACAUCGGCGUUUCAUUAUACCCACAUUUUUCUAACGAAUACCUCGUGAUUCCAAAGAAUUUCAUUCAAGCUGAAACAACAAGACGAGACUGAAGAUGAAAUCGCGAGAGCGAAAAGGUCGAUCAAACAGGAUGCGGCCGCUUUUUCUGCACAGAAGUUCAACGGAAGUUUUGGCGAUAUCUCUUCGACGUUAGUUUGAGAACAAGUUUCAAGAUGCCAAUUAUAAUUUUUCAUUUUCAUUUUACAUUUAUCUACUAAUCAAAAGUUGGAUUUUCGUUUGAACAUAUCAUUCAAAAAUAGGGUUUGUAAGCAUAAAUGAUUGAAAAUUAUAAAGUUUUUGCACUUUUGAGACCCCUUGAGAACCUUUAAAAAUCCGAAAUUUCUACCAAUAAUGAUCGUUAAAACUUUCUAUUAAGUACGUUCUCUCUCUUUAAAAAUUCUCCUCCAGACGUGCUGCCAGUCAAGCUUCUUCCGCAUAUUUUACCCCGAGGCCCUCAAAUUUCCAUGGUUCUAAUCCGCAUCCUUCACCUUACAUCCAGGAGAGCACUACAGGUUUUUUUUUGUUUCGAAACUUGAAUGAAUGAUUUUGAAGGGUUUCAUAUGCCUUCUCCAACGAAGUAUGAUGCUCCCAACAUGGAUUAUAUGAACUCCAGAGAGGUAUUAAAAUUUUUUGAAGAAAUUAAAGACGUUUUAAAAUUCAGAAAUUUUCAUUUUUAACAAAAAUAUAUCAUUAAAGCAGGUAAGAUAAAGAAAAAAAAUAACUGGAAUAGGUUCAUUUUUUUGAAGUAUGGGUAGUAGAAACGAACAACAAAACUUUACAGACAGCAAGUUCGCGCUUUCGAGGGCCUCCUACGGCCUCCGAUGAUUUUCCGCCCUACGAACUUUGUCUGGAGAUCCUCCAGGAACAAAUGAAUACCGUCAAAAUUCGCCAGUUUUUGAAAGCGGAAAUGUAUGAGCGUUACGCACAGCUCAGCGAAUACAAGGGAUUCACGGUGAGCUUUUGAGAUUAUUGAUGGGAUUUUGUGUAAAAUGAGCGUCUCUUGAUUGAUUAUUUCACUUUUUAACUUUGAAAAACUCUGUUUUUAGCAGAAUAGUACAAAAAGAAGCGAUGAUGUUGUUUUCCGAGAAAUUUAGGAAUUUUCGAAAAAAUGAUCAACUCCGAGUUGGUUCUCUUCGGCGAGCAAACGAUCCUGCGUCCCCCGAAACUUGAACAUGUACUCACAUUUUUCUGACUAACAAAGGCGUGGCGCUUCGAUUUAUGAAAUAAAAUUUUCCUAUAUUUGGGGUCCCAACCGUUCAAAAAGCCCAUAAAAGAAAAAAAUCAACGAUUUUUGAAAGAAAAAGAGGUUUUUUUCUUUUUUUAUUUCUUGCUGAAAAAUGCUUUAAAAUACCGUUAUGUGUGUUUUAAAAAAAGUUUGGAGUCGAUCCAAAAAAUUUAGAAAAGUUUACUAAAAGCCCUACCGUAACCCAGUGAGGGGGCGGAGCCCCACAGUAACUAGCCCUAAAGUUUACAAACCAUUUCCAGUAACUGUGAUAAUAAUUUCAACUCUCAAAAAAAACUCGAAAUUCUUGUACCAACGCUUCACUGCAGUUCAUCGGCUCCCAUCACAAAAAGGUUCUAUAAGUUUCAAGAAUGGAAUCUCUAUUGCAAGAAUUUCCAAGUUUCAGCAGCCCAUGUUCGGAGGGAGUGUUACUCAACCGUUCGCCUCGCAGCCGCCGUCUCACUCGCGCCACCAGUCGCAGCCCCCGAUCGAGCCCCAUGAAGAGUAUCAGUCGCAGCAGCAGUUCUACCGUCCGCAGUCUCAGUCGUAUCAACCUUAUCAGUCGCGUUCGCAGCCGCCCAACCAGUCAUAUCCGCCGCCGUCGCAGCAGUUCUCCCGUCCCCAUUCGCGACACGAGCAGCACUCGCCGAACGAGCCACAGCAACAGUAUUAUCAGUCGCGAAACGGGUCUCCCUAUCAAUCGCAGUACGAUCAGCACCCCGGUUCCUCGAAAGAGCGCCCCAUAAACAGUAGCGCUCCUUGGAGAGAUAAGGACUUUUAAAAUAUUUUCCUGUAUUUUGCAUCGAAAUAUACAUGACGUUUGUCCUUUUCACUUAUAUCCCUUUGGUCUUUUAGCCAUAACAUUCCCUUAUAUCUGCGUGAUAUUUAUUAGUUAGCAUAUUUGCCCCCAUCGACGGGUUUAUCAAGCCAAUUUCUUGUCAAUUUAAUUUAAUAAAGGUUCAACCUUUUCAAUUUAUGUUCUGAUGAUCAUUUGUUCUCGACGAUUUGCGAAUAUCUUUCUGAAAGAGUUGCCUCUGGUUUGGUAUCCGAAUUCUUAGCAAAGUUUUUCGGAGUUCAUUCUUAAAAUGACAUAUGAUCCGUUGAAAACUUGCAAAAAGUAUUGGGUAAAAUAAUGGAAUUUUCAGGCACGAAUUCUUUGUUAAUAUAUGUAAAUACAAUUCUGAAAAUGAUGAGCUCAUCGGCUAAUAAGGUAGCGGAAGCAGUGAAAUUUUUUGCAAGUUUAAUUUUCUAGAAAGCCCCGAAACGAAGGGUCACUUCAACGGCAGCCGCUCUAAGCGAGCCGCUGAAACAGCCCGACUCGGUGGCCAGACUCUUGGAAUCUCUCCAAAAAGCUCAGGUGGCGAUUUUCGGAAAUCUUACUGUUCCUAUGUUGCAACGACAAAAAGUAACUGAUUUUGAAUUUGUCGAGGCUUCUGUGGUUUUUGCUUCGGAAGUAGUACGUAUAAAGAAGCGUCACGCAUUUAAAAUUAUGUUUUGAGGUUUGAAAGAAACUUGUGAGGCUGCUUUUUUGUUAUAUCUGAAGCACGAAAUAGAAAUGUUGUGUGUGUGUAUAUAGCCUUUUCCGCGCCAGCUUGUCACGUUUUUCUUUACGCCAAAAAGACCGAUACCAAAUUAGAUCAAACUUGACCAACUUUGCUUCACGAAAUUAAGUUUUUUUUUCUUUUGCAGUUUUGGAGAGUUCAGAGGCGGUCACGUUUUUAAAGAAAAUCAGAAACAGUUUUCUUAUCAAUUAUGCCUUUAAAACAGCAAGAAACAAAGGUCUUGAAGCGAAGUUGGUCAAGUUUGAUCUUGCCUUUCGGCGGAGAGAAAAACGUGACAAGCUGGCGCCGAAUGGACUAUAACUUCAAAACGGGAUAUCCGUUUUAUUCGAAGCUUAAAUUCAUUUUUUUUAGCUGGAUCUUGUUAACUUUAAAAAAAUCAUCAAAAGAGUCAUUAUAGACAACAAAAAAUUGUUUAGGCUCUGAAAAAUGUAUUUAAGAAAAAAAUGAAACCGUUUGAGAGUCUCGAAAGGAAGAAAGUCCCCUUAGAAGUUAUUUAUGAGAGUAAAUAUAUUUUUAAUUAAAGAAGUCUUCGAAUUACAAAAUACCUAAUGAAAUCACUGUACAAAACUCAAUGGAAAAAUCAUUCUUCAUCUUUUUUGUUCAUAGUUUUUCCAUUGAAGAACAAGCCCUCGGCGCCAAUCUCAACCAAGGGCUCCAGCUCCUCUACGCGUUCCAGCGGCGACAGCAAAAAGACGACGUCCGAAGAUGCUUCCGUCAAGAAUCCCUAUUCGCAACAAUGUUCGCCAAAAAUCGCAAAAGAUGUUCAUAAUUCGCGUAAUUUUAGAGGAAAAAAAGCGUCGCCGCACAGAUGCAACAGCCGCAGGCGGCGACUGAUAAAACGUCGAAAAAUGUACUUUCUGGCGUUUCAAAUUCGAAUCCGACCCAGUCGAAGCGCUCGCGUCAAGUUUCGGUUGGUACAGCUUGGAAAAUCGUUUUCACAAAAAUUGUUCUUGUGGUCUUUCGAUUAUUUCCGAAAAAUCAAAUAAACUUCAUAAUACGAUUUUUAAGUGAAAUAAAUAAAAAAGCAAAAUCUCAAAGUACAAAAAGUGACGAUUUAAGAGAAGAUGUAGUUUUUUAAGGCACUUUUUUCGGAGGGUUUCCUUAAUGAAUCUAGCCGAAUUUUUUUUUAGGAAUGUUAUACAUAGGCAAAGUCGGAAAGGGUAGAAAUAGGCUUCAUAGAAAUGUUCCUUUUAGGUGGACAAAAUCUUCCUUUUUGCGCCAUUUCAUGGGCUCUAAAGCACAAUUUUUGCUGCCUCUCCCUUUUUUCGCCAUUCCUGGAGCCUUGGAAAUCCCAGAAAAAUUAGAAAGGUCGAUAAAGGGACUCUUUUUGUUGCCUUUUUGCCGCAUUUCUGAAGCCUUUUUUGAGCCUCUCCCUUUUAGCGGCCAUUAUCCACCAUUCCGACUUUGCCCGGGUGGUAGAAUUUGACAAUUUCCUCAUUUUUAUAUUGCGCAUUAAAAAAACCCCCAUAAUUCUUUCGAAUAUUUCAAUUUUUACAUUGCCCUUCAGGUUUCCAAUCCCCCGCAAUCGCAAGCGCCUCGCUCCCGGAUCCCAGUGGAUGUCCUCGAAGACCUCGAUUUUCGUUUCAUCAGCAACAUGCACGAACUCGACGUUAGUUCUGGCCUCGUUGAUCAAAGCUUUGAAGAUAUUUCAGAAGCGGUCGAAAAUCCGGAUCUGCUUCCAAGUGGAACUCGCCCAUUGGUAUUAUUGCGACUUCUACGUCGAGAAUUCCGAGCGCCGCGAUUGUCCUGGCGUCAAUAUAAAGGAAUUCACGAGGUUUAUAAUAUAUCUGACAGAGUCCGGAAGUUUUACUAUCAAAGAACUUUUUUGUGGGAAUUGAGAAAAAGCUGUAGUUUUCUGGAAAAGGGUGUGGUAGCCAUAUAAUGGAGGAGUUUUUUUUAAUCAUUUGGUCUAGGUAAAGAAGUCUUUUGGUACCUCCCCCCCGCCCCAACAAUUUUUGAAGAUUAUCAUGGCGAUAUUCAUUUUUUCAGGCUCCUAUUUUCCCAUUGUAACGAGCUGAGACGCUACGCGAAUCAUGUCGAUGAGGUUCUCCAGUCCUAAAAAGUUUCACGAGUUUAUUCUCGAGUUUUAAGAUUAUCAACGAAUGGCGCGAUUAUAAAUCGAACGUGCCGACGUACGGAGCCAUUUUGCUUGACGAUACGUUGAAUAACGUUCUGUUGGUUCAAGGAUAUUACGCCAGCAAGAACAGUUGGGGGUUCCCCAAGGGAAAGGUUGGUUUUCCCGUUCUUUUGAAUGUUUUUAUGGCCCAUUCCGUGUCAAAGAUCAAAUCCGUAUUCGCUUCUAGGCCUUUUUUGCUUUUUUGCAGUUUUCUAGAGCAGUUUUACGGUAGUUCUUCUAAAAAAAAUUACCGUUCUGCGCGAAAUGCACUAAACGUAUAACUGAUUCACGGCUCACUUGAGCCAUGGAAAAAAAGGGUCUCAACACGAAAGAAAAGUGCCCCCAAGCUAGCCGAGAACCGGUGUUCAUGUUUAAAUAUCUUCUGACCUAUCAGUGGGCCACUGAUAAAUUAUGACCUGGUCAUCUUCCUGAUGGAGGAGAUCCGCCAGGGGACAGUCAUUCUUGUAGAAUCCCUCCUUUUAUAGCUUUUUGAGACCUGGCCUAGCGAUUCGCGGUCUAUUUUUCAACACUUUGUCGUUACUUCUUAUUUAAUAAUCUAGCUGGGAAAAUGUUUAGUGGCCACUAUAGAGGUUAAAGACUACUUGGAGAUGACACUUAUCACACCUCUAUAGUGGCCAAUAUUUUCCGUUUUAGUGGCCACUAUAGAGGUUCUCUAUUCAGUGGCCACUAGAGUUUUUAGUGGUCUAAUAGUAGCACUUAGACCUCUAUAGUGGCCAUUAAAACGUCAAAACCCUAUAGUGGCCACUAAAAAUUUUCCCAGAGUUAUGAAAUUCUUUUUACAUGAGCGUUCAUUAGACGUAAUCUUGCGCUUGGGAUUUUCCUGAAAAAAAAACUACCUUUUGAUCUACGAAGUCUGCUGGCUUCUUAGUUUUCGAUAUUAAGGUCUCAAAGUUUUAAAAUGUCCAUUUGAGAGAAUUUUGAGGAUUUUCUUCGACUUUAAGUUGUUCUUUUGAAACUGGUAAUGUUGAGAAUUUGGGAAUCCUUACCUUUAUGAAGAAUCUUCUCUCUUCAAUACACUACUUCGAAACUUCAAUUUCUAAUGAAAUUUUUUCUCUUGGUUCCUAUAUGAACUCAUAAGUUUUAAGGUCAAUCAAAACGAGCCGCCCAGGGAUUGUGCUGUCCGGGAAGUUCGCGAGGAAACGGGAUUUGAUUUCAGCACUUUGCCCAAACAUGGCGUAAUUUCGUUCUUUUCCUUUUCUUUUGAAAUUUCGAAUCUCUCUAGAAAAAAUUCCAAAAGUUCAUCAAUGACACGAUGGUUCGAUUGUACGUGGUGCCCGGGGUUCCAUACGAGUUUCCAUUCGCGCCCGAAACUCGCAAGGAAAUCAGGUUUCCCAGGUUUUCAAUGCAAAUCCUUAAAACACAAAGUUUAAAGGAAGAUUCAAUGGUUCAACAUAUUUGAUUUGCCGGCGGAUCGCGGAGAGACUAGUGGAGCUUUGAAAGGAAACAACUUCUAUACGGUCACGCCUUUUGUGAACGAUCUGCAGAAGUAUAUUCGAAAGGAGCAAGAGAAACGCGCCAAAAACAAGGUAACAUUUAAGGAAAUCCUUAGGGGCCCUUGAAGGUUCUCCUUGAGGGACCACUUUUAAUCCCUCUAUAGGGGCUACUGAAGCUUUUAAAAGUGACCCCUAUAGAGAAAAUGCUAGGCGUUUGUUCUUAGACGCUAUAGAAACCACUUGAGCAUUAGAGGCUUCGGGUUCAGUCUCUAAACCCCUAUAGGGAUCACUCAAUCUCGCCUCUUUACGGGGCACUUUUUGUCCUCUAUAGAGACUACUCUGACGUUUCUAAUACAUUAGGCUGUAAGAAGAGUUAUUAAAGUCUUUUUGUAAUAGUUACAACUUCAUGUCGAUAUGAGAAAUUUCCAGCACGACCCUACGAAAUAUGAAGACGACAGGCUUCAGCAACUUCGGGCGGCGAUCGGAGUCGGCGCCUCGUCUCAGAGGAACCCUCUCCGGUACUCGCACCAAGUCUCGACCGAACCGUCGUCGGCCGCCGUCGUCUCGACACCUCUGGACAUCCCGCCGGUCUUCUCGCAACUCUUCCCGUCCCUGGGACCCCAACCGAAGAACGACCCAGCCUCCGACCUUCUCUACGACUCUCCCAGCAAGCUCAUCGAAAACUGCACGACGGACCUCUACACGCCGAUCACGAACAUUCCGACGCGGCUCCUACGCGCUCAACCAGACCAAGGCCAGGACUUGUCGCGACCCAAACUUCCCGACAUCUCUCCAAAUGUUUCUGGCAUCGACGCGCUCGGAACGCUCGGCUUGUGCACGCCCAUCAAGCCCGGCGUCAACCCGUUCCCCCAUAUGAUCGCCUUGGCCACCAAGGACCCGCAAGUUCCGCAGUCGGGACGGCUGGAGAAGAAGACGGCGCCGCCGCCGCCUCCUCCUGCUCCGCAAGAAUCUGUUCCCGUCCACGCGCCUCUCGAUCCGCUCGUCAUCCAUGAGAACUCGCUCAUGUCACAGGCGUCGAUCGGAAGCGACGGCCGCGGAUUCAGAAGGGCUCUCAACUUUGGCGAGCAUCAGGAGCAUCACGUCGCCAACGUGGCGUCUCUGCUCAGUCCUCAGGAUAUUGGGGUCAAUUUUUUUUUCUUUUUUCCGGGGCAAAGUUUGUAGAAGAAAGUCGAGAAAAAGGGUCCGAAACUAUUAUUUUCCGGAAAGCGGAAAGAGAAUAAAAAAAUAUCUUCAUUGGUUUCCGAAAUUUUUAAAAACUGAACCUCAAAGCGGUCAAGAAGGUCUCAAAUUUCAAAGGCCAAUAAUCGAUGUUUUAAGCAGGGAAAAAAUUUUGGAAACUUCAGAAAAAUAUGGAAUUUUUUUCAGAAGUCGCAACUUUCCCCGUUCCUCUUGAGCCAAGUUCCGGAUGGGUUCACCCCGAUCAACUACACUUCUCACGGUUUCGCCAUGCCGACUGUUUAUCAACAUCCCAUGGUCACGGCUGCUCAUCCCGGCGGGACCGCAAAGCCAUUCGGUCAGAGCCAAUUUCCCGGCUCACAAUGCUCCGACGCAAGAAGGUGGUUUUCUAGUUCUUAUUUCCCCUGUCAUUGAAACCCAUUCGUUACUUCAAAAUAAUAAAAAAAAUUUUCUUCAGUUUAUUCGGCGACGUCGACGAUCCCACACGUGGCCUCUUGGUACUCCUCAAGCGUGAUCCCGCCAAACUACCACCAGAAUCCGAAGGUCGCGAACGCCGUCUCACACGCCGACUUUUCGAUGCUGCCGCUCGCGACCUCGUCGCCAAUCGAGCCCCGACGACCCGCGCAGCCGACACCUCCGCCCCUGUAUCCGUACUCGCGCGAGCGGCCGAUCCACCCUCAGGCGAUCGUGCCCGUCGCCGCGAGCCCCACGGCUAUCGGAUUCGCCGAAGCGCCGAAACGCAGCUCCCGCAUCAGCCUCAGCGAUAGCUCGGUAUCUCGCCAAACGGAUUAUUCUACAAAAAGUAGUUGUAAAAAAGUGUUUUAAAAAACUUGAUUUUUAUUCCGAGGGUCCGUUAUUCAUCGAAAAGUCUCUCAAAAAUGAAAUAUUUUGAGCUGAAAAUGGGUCAUAAUGCUAGGAAAAAAAACAUGUAGCGUUUCUCUUCAAAACUGGAAAUCUGAAUUACGGGCGAAGUUCAGAAGAAAGGAGGUUCAACGAAACCUUCGGCACCUUUUAUGGACUUCAAAAAUGAGCUCAAGUUUCUUCUUUUUGAGGCCUUUCAAAGUUUUUGCUAAAUAGUUUCAUUCUGCCAAUGUAACGGCGGAAGCGGGAGAACAUUUAAAGCCUGAAGAGACGCCAGAGAAUGGAAGAUACUUUGCUUCUCCGACCUCUCUCACUUCUACUGCUUUUCCAGCCUUACCUUGAAAUUUUCAUAUUAUUUUACCAUCGGAAGAACUAUCACCCUUGUUGGUAAAAAACUCGCUUCCACUUGCCUUUUAAAUGUACGACACUAUUUUGUAGGCCUUCACUGCGAUUCCGAAGCAGUCGUCGGUGGCCAAGGCGACGGCGCCGCCUCCUUCGCCUCCGCUCCACUCUUCUCCCGACGUGACGUCGCCGCUGUCGGCCAAACAGCUACCUUCUCGGCCGAGUCGACACAGUUUCGGCAGCAACAAGGGCUCUGCCAAGGGGACCCCGACUAAGAGGUCCGUUUUCCCAGAAGAACUUAGGAAACUCUGUUUUGAAUGAACGACCAUCGCAAAGGUCCUCAGACAGUACGUCGAGCUAAGAGAGUACGAUUCUGGUCUCUCCAAGUUUACCGUGCUCUCUAAACUAACGCAUGCGCACUGACUUGCCUUUUAUAGUCUUUUCAGAUUUUGAGUGUCGAGCAGCUAACUCCGCCCCCAGUUACAGUAUCUUUCAAGUCAAUGUUUAAUGUUUUAUGAUGGUCCUUUAAUAGCGCUGCAUUUUUUUGCCUUUUUAUUAUUCCUGUUAGAAAAUGUAGCAAUAUUAAAGAAUCAAAGGGAGCAGAGUUAGCUUGGGGGAGGGGGCGAGUUAGCUUCUGACAUUCGAAAUCUGAACAGACUAGUGUAUUUUUCUUCGUAGUUGUUUUUCUACAGUACCACAAUGGCCUAGUUUUCGUUUCGAUAUCUCAUAAACCCUAUAGACAAAUUCUAUUUUGUGAAUCUACAGCAACAGAGGCCGCAACUUGACGCCUUUGGCCGUCUCAGCCGCAGCGGCGGUCGGAGCCAGGAACGCCGCCCUGUCGAUGGGAUCUCCUGCGAGCAGCGUCCGGACCGCGACUUCACCGGCGGCUUCCUCGCAGACGGCCUCUCUGCAGGAGCUGUCCAUGAUCGGCAGAGAGUCUCUGGCCGACCGCCAAGUCGUCGACCUUUGCUCAUGGCUCAGCCCUACCACCAGCAGAACUCAGUCGUCACCCCGACGACGCCUACUCCGCUCGACCUGGCUCUGAUCAAGAUCCGCCUCGGCGAGGCUUGGAAGCGUCCUUUCAAGGUGGGUUUUUCUUUCUGAAGGUCAAGCUUUCCUUUCAUGGACCUGUACAAAAAAAGGAUUUUUUUAAUUAGAGUUUUUCGACACUUCAGGCAAGUCUGCAAGUCUCAAGAAAAUUUCAAGCUCCCAAACUCAUAUUUCUUAAAAAAUGCAAAAAAAUAUUUAGAAUUAUAUCCUUCGAAAUGUUUUUCUCCUACUUCAAUCGCCAUGCUUUGAAAGAUUUUGAAAAUUCGAAUUUUCAAUUUUUUUAAAUGAAAAUAUGGUUGGUAAAUGAAAGCCUCUGUGCAUUUUUAUACCUUCAUUCGAAUCAAUCUUAAAAAGAAUAUUUCAGCUCGAUCUUGAUUCCAUUUGCGGACCGCCGGAGGUUUGGGACCGCGCUUUUGUUUUUAAUACCGGCCUUCUAUCCCAAUAA